AUGCAGGCGAUACGGCUGCAAAAGAAAUAUCCUGAGGUCACUCAAGAUGAGAUGUUUGAGUUGAUCAACCGUUUCAACACGAUCGACGUCGAUAGCACCGGGCGCAUUGACAAGGCCUCUGUCCUGCACGCUCUUCAGUCACGAGGAGAAUCUUACGAUCGCGUACGAGAGACGCUCAAACAUGUCAGUGUGGAUGCUAGCGGAAAGGUAGAAUUGGAGGACUGGGUCGAGCUCAAUGUCAAAUUGAGAUCCCAAACAUCUUCCAUAUCGACCAAGGCGGGCAAGGUUACAGUGCAAGGCUCGAACGCAAAUGUCAGUCAUACCAUCAACGAGGACGAGCGACGAGAAUUCACAAACCAUAUUAAUGGGAUCCUCGAAGGAGAUCAAGAUGUCGGGACCCGCAUCCCAAUCCCUACCGAGACUAUGCAGCUGUUCGACGAAUGUCGCGACGGCCUGAUUCUUUGCAAACUGAUAAACGACUCUGUACCCGACACAAUCGAUAUGCGUGUGCUCAACAAGCCGAAGCAGCGGAAGCCUCUAAACGCCUUCCAGAUCACUGAGAAUAACAACAUCGUGAUCACGUCCGCGAAGGCCAUAGGGUGCUCCGUUGUCAAUAUUGGCUCGUCUGACAUCGCGGAGGGUACUGAGCACUUGAUCCUCGGGUUGGUCUGGCAGAUCAUCCGACGCGGCCUGCUCAGCCAGGUGGAUAUCAAGAUUCACCCAGAGUUGUACCGGUUGUGCGAGGAGGGUGAGACGAUCGACGAUCUCCUGCGGCUGACGCCAGACCAGAUCCUGCUCCGAUGGUUCAAUUAUCAUCUCAAGCAAGCUGGCUGGGAGAGACGGGUGAAGAACUUCAGCAAGGACGUGUCCGACGGAGAGAACUACACGGUCCUCCUGAACCAACUAAAGCCCGAAGAAUGUUCUCGCGCGCCGCUGCAAACGCGCGACCUGCGUCAGCGCGCGGAACAAGUCUUGCAAAACGCGGCGAACAUCGGAUGUCGCAAGUAUCUCACGCCGGCAUCACUCCUCGCGGGCAACCCGCGCCUGAAUCUGGCGUUCGUCGCGAACCUAUUCAACACGCACCCGGGGCUUGCGCCGUUCGACGAAGAGGAGGCGAAGGACUACGGUGCAGUCGAGGACUUCGACGCGGAGGGCGAGCGCGAGGCGCGCGUGUUCACGCUCUGGUUAAACUCACUCGGCGUCGAGCCCGCCGUGUUCAACUUGUUUGAGAACAUCCGGGACGGGCUCGUCAUCCUGCAGGCAUUCGACAAGAUUCUGCCGGGCUCCGUUGUGUGGAGGCGCGUGUCGAAGCCGAAGGCUGGGGUUACCUCGCCGACGAGGCGGUCCUUCUCGGAAGAGGGCGCAGAGGAAGAAGAGGAUAUUGGCGUGACACCUAAUCAGAGCAAGUUAUCGAAGUUCAAGCAGGUCGAAAACACGAACUACGUGGUCGAGCUCGGUAAACAGAACGGCAUGCAUCUGGUUGGUAUUCAAGGGUCAGAUAUCGUUGACGCGAACAAGACGCUUGUUCUCGGCCUAGUCUGGCAACUCAUGCGAAUGAACAUCACAAAGACGCUCACGUCGCUCUCAGGAAAGGGCCGGCCGAUCAGCGACACGGAGAUGCUCAAGUGGGCAAACACGACGGCACAAAAGGCGAAGCCAGGCGUCAAGCCGAUCAGGUCAUUCAAGGAUCCGUCCAUUACGACUGGCUUGUUUUUCCUCGACCUACUCGAUGCCAUCCAGCCGGGAAUCGUCGAUCCCACCUUGGUGAUUAACGUGAGCGAGAGCGGGGACUACGAGGAUCGGCGGCAGAACGCGAAAUUGGCCAUUUCAAUCGCCAGAAAGAUGAACGCUCUGAUCUUCUUGGUCCCAGAGGAUAUCGUCGACGUCCGCCCGCGCCUGAUCUUGACCUUCGUCGGAAGCUUGAUGAGCAUCGCUGCAUGA